UUUCCUUGGAAGGUCGAGAUGAGAACGUUUUUGCUAGUUGCACUCUCAUCACUGAUUGCGCUCUCGUAUGGAGAUGACGACAUGUUUGCCUUAGACAAGAAGAGCGGCCGCAAGCACUACUGUGGCAAGGAGCUCAGACGGAACCUCAUGUUCCUGUGUGACAGCAUCUAUAAGAGAAGCUCCUCUGACGGCACUUCAGGUCACGAAGACUGGGUAAUGAACCUCAUUGGCAUGGAGGACCCGCAGAUGAUUUAUCCGUUCCGGUCCAGAGCCAAAGCUUUUGCAGUGAUUCCAGAGUACUUCCGCCGACAAACUCGAGGGGUUGCUGACGAAUGUUGCUCCAAACCUUGUACAAUAGACGAGCUCUCCAGCUACUGCGGUCAACGGCCUUCGUAACUUCAAAACAUUUAUUUUCUUCACAGUUAAAAAGUGCAUUUUUUUGUUACAAGAUAAACUAAAUAGUUCAUAGACACAUUCAGGGAGUCUUUUUAAUUAUGUUCAGGAAAGUGUUACUAUUUUCAAAAGUAUACAUAUUUAUUUAGCAAUAUUCCAAAUGAAAAAGCAGCUCCCCAAUCAACAUUCAGGCACAAAAUGGGAGCCUUGUCAAAAAAAUCUGUGAGAACUCAUUGAACCUCCGUUAUACCAAAAUUCCUCAUAACAUAACUCUAUAUUCAGCUUCAGUUAAUUUCUAAACCACCCUAGGAUUUAUUAUUUCCCCUAUAUAAUCGAUUUAGACCACGCACAUGUGAACAAUCUACAUAUUUAUAAAAGUUCUACCAUAAGAAAAUCUUUGAAGUUUAUAAAUAUUUCUGCCCAAAUUCACAAAAUAUAUAGGUACCUAAUAAUUAAAUGUUUAAAACAAAAAAUUCCAUUAUUUUUCACAGCCAUUAUGUCACGUUUUUGUAUCUUUAAAAAUUGGAAACCCCUUUUUGAACUAAGAUUUCUCAUAAUGAAAAUUACACUUUCCUGUAUCCACAUUCUAAACAUACUUGACUGAGGUACUAGUUCCUACUACAAUAGCAAAAAUAUGUAUAGAUAAUUUUGAAAUAUUUUAAUUUUGUUUUUCUGUAAGACUUAAUUUAGCAGUUAGCAAAUUCAGUUGUAAUUGUUUCUUAACUCUUUAGGUUUCUAUACUAUAGUUUCAUUAGACCAGUUUUUCCAUACUGACUUAUCACUCAAAUGUGAACUAUUAGUUGUCACUGUAGUCUAUUACUGGUAAUAUUAACUAUUAACCUUACAUUACUGGUAUUAUAAUUUAAUAGCAUUUAAGACAACUGAAAAACUUCAAUAAAUAUUA